UUUUCACUUUAAGAGGAAGCUUUUCUUCUUUCUGUCUCACAUCAGUCUCACAUCAGGACCCAGCCUGUCAGCUACACAUAUCCUAGAUCUUAUCUUCUGCUCUGAGGUACAGUAUGUCUCGUCUGGAGAAGGCCAUUGUAUCCAUGGUGGAGGUGUUUGAGGAGUAUGCUACAAAGGAUGAUAAGAAUCGCCAGCUUAGCGGUACAGAGCUCGUAGAGCUGAUGAAGACAGAGCUGGCCAGCCCAGAGUUCCAUGGAAAGGUGGAACCAGCAGUGCUCCAGGAGGCGAUGACCAACCUGGAUAAGAACCAUGAUGGGGAGAUCAACUUCAGAGAGUUCUCCAUGUUCUUGGCUACUCUGGCCAGGGGCUACUACAGAGCCAGAAACAAGGGCAAGGGCAACAAGGGCAAGCCUGACAAGCCUGAAUGAGGGGCAAAAAAUAACCUGUUGACAAGUGUGGCCAGUAUCGAGACACAGACACACACUGCUUUUCUAUGAUAAAAGAGAGAAAAUGAUACACUUACUGUAACUUGGAUGGUGCUUUUAAGAUGUCUUCUCUACAUUUCCCCUGUUUUUUAAAUUAAAUCUGACUUGCUUACUA